UAAUGGCAUCGCUGGCAAAAAACUUGAAAAAUGUAACUCCAAACGUUCGGCGAGCCGUUGUUACCUGGGAUAAAGCCGAAAGAAUUCAAAGAAACGAAGAAAUCUUCAAAAACUCGGAGAGUGUGGUUCAUCGCCUUCCCGAACACUAUAAAACACGUUAUUGGGAGACGAUUCUAUCAGAUAAAACACCGGUACACUACAGACCACCAACCAGCCGGUUUGCACACGAUUCCUUCAAAAACGUGGAAAUCGAGUUGGAGGAAAACCCAAUCAUUGGAAUCCGCACUCCUGAAGGUGAUGAUGGACUAUGGGGCGGUGAACGUGUAGUGAAAGGAUGGAUUGAGUCGGCGCCGUACACGAAAAAGAAGAUUCUACCAAGAUAUUGGGUGCCAAAGUUGUUUUUCCCGGCUCUGAAGAACGUAGUGUUGUAUUCAGAGAUUUUGGAUAAAUAUAUCAAGGUAACAGUCACGGAAAGAGCGAUGAGAUUAAUCGAUGAACAUUUUGGAUUAGACUAUUACAUUCUUGAAAGCAAGGAAAUCGAUUUAGACUCGAAAUUUGCGAAUUCGCUGAAACGCGAAAUGCUCCUUACAUUGACCACCGAGUCCUACUACGAGGAAAAUGACGAGAAGAAAGCGUAUAUCAAGGAGAAAUACGCUGAUUUUGUGAUUCCAGAGAGAGAAGCAGAAUGGAUCGGACUGGAAUUGAAUGAAGCGGCCCGUAAACAACAGGAUAUGGAAGAUUCAACAGCACCGGAGCCAUUGAAAUAUAAAUUUGAACAAUCUCUUCUCGAACGUCUUCGUGAUGGAACUGAUGAGAUCUCCCAAGAACUCGAGAAUCCAGAGGCUCCAAUGAAAACAGAAUCCAAGUUUGGUGACAAAAUGUUCGGAAAAUAUUUGAAUCCGAUUGGAAAGAAGUUGAGAAGCGCCACUAAUUAAGCUUUUUAUUUGUUGUUUUUUGUUUUUAAAUUAGAAUUAAAUAUAUAGAUUUAA